AUCGCCUCUGGGUACUUGGAACUUGUGAUCCUGAAUCCUCGGACGCAUAUCAAUACGAAGCAAUCGGUUUCUGUCUAUGACUCGACUGUCGGUGAAACGAAACGGAUCGUCAAGUGAUCUAAGUCGGAAAACGAAACCAUGGAGGCUUUAUAAACCCACAGCAACAGCUGAUGUGGAGGAAACAAGUUUCUCACCGAGUCGUACACAUUCAUCAUACUGCUCUUCAAAGACUUUAACCAGACAGUUGGUCAUGGACAUCACAAUCACUCUUCUUAACGGGGAGUCUCACCCUCUCACCGUGGCUCCAGGGACCACCGUGGGCUCGCUGAAAGACCUCCUCUCUCAAAGGUCUCGACUCUCUCCGGAGAGUCAGAAGCUUUUCUACGACAACGACGGGGAGAAAAUAAUUCUCGACGAUACCAUGUCAUCUCUGAGUGCCUAUGGCGUGUCACCCGGUGCCAAUAUCUUCGUGCUGGCCAAGGAGCCCGCUAAUAUCCAAGUGUUCCUGACAACGGUGAGCGGCCAGAUUCACACCUACACCGUCCGACCUGGGGAGACGGUGGCGGGCUUCAAGCUCAAGGUGAAACAGCGGGAGAAGGUGGCCGAGGACCAACAAAGGCUGAUGCAUGAAUCCAAGCAGAUGGACGACGGAAGUCGUACACUGGAGUCCUAUAAUGUGAAAGAGGGCAGCACCAUCUACCUUAACGGACGGCUGAGAGGCGGCUAGGACUCGAGAGGAGAGGACUCAAAAAGAGUGAUGAUUUGCACGAAUGUGAUUGCUGAAUCCCUUAUUCUUUGUUGAGAUUAUUUAACCUCAGAAUGCAUACAUGUUCACCCACAGUUACAUUAAAUGCACUUAACUGCCUGAAGUUCACCAUAUUUGUAUAAAAAAAAAUAUAUGCUGAGUUUUAGCUAGACCAUUAUGCUAUAGUUGUAUCUGGCACUGUUUAUGCCACUUUAAUGAUUCCACUGUCAAUUGAAUAUCUGAACUCAUGUAAUAAUAAAUUCAAUCAUAAAUAUUGGGUUCA